AGGAAGUGCCAUUUUACAUGCCUGACAUAACAUCAGCUGCAGCAGACCGGCACAGAAUCUGGAGCCCGGGACUUGGUGUGUGAUAAAUUAGGCCAUCUGUCUUCUAUGUCCAUCCCCUUCGAAGGCAGUCCGACAUGUCAUGCAGUCAGCCAAGGACAAGGUCCCAGCCUGACGUCUGCAACUUUCAUUCUUCUUCGAGUGCUUGCUCAUGUCCAUUCAACAUAGUGCGGCCAAGCUUCUGGACAAAAAUCCAUUCUCCGUCAGUGCUUCCAAUCCACUGCUUCCGUCUCCUGCAAGUCUUCAGCUUGCUCAGCUACAGGCCCAGCUUACCCUGCACAGGCUAAAAUUGGCUCAGACAGCAGUCACCAGCAACACAGCAGCUGCAACUGUUCUGAAUCAAGUUCUCUCCAAAGUGGCUAUGUCUCAGCCGCUGUUUAACCAAUUAAGACAUCCGUCCAUGAUCAACACCCCCCAGGGGCAGGCGGGAGGACCACAGCAAGGACCUGCAAUCGCCAAUACUAGAUUUCCAUCUAGUGGAAUACCUUUUCCAGCACAGAAUCCAGCAUUAGCAGUACAAGGAGGAAGCUUGGGGUCGGUUGGGAACAUAACAAACCAAACCACAAAUGCGAUUGUCAUGCACCCUUUUGGAGGUGUAAUGUCUCAGGCAUCCAGCCAACCAGCUGUAGUUAUGAGUCUAAAUAAGACUGGCCACUCGUCUGCUGCAGGAGGAUUUUAUGACUACGGUAAACAAAAUGUCUCUGCUCCUCCAGGAUACACAGCUGAGGCGGGCCAGGGCAGUCAGCAUGGCUUUAAGUCCAGUGGGACUCACCCAGUGUCCUCCUCUGGUGGGGUACACUAUGAAGGUCAUUUUGGUCCUUCGGGCCAGCUGAAACAUGAGAGUCAGCCUGGAUUUCAGAAAGACUUCUAUGGACCCAAUUCUAAAGGGCAGCACACCACAGGAAUACAAUCUUUGGGCUUUUCCGGAGAGCCACAAACUGUGAGUCAGAAAGGUGAUCCAGGUCCUGGGGUACAUAACACAAGUGCAAGUAGCCAAUGGGAAAAUGCUCCUAGUUUCUCCAGCCAAAACAAGCCUGACCUCAUGGCCGGCGCCAACGUGUGGCCGUCCACCGGUCAGCAGUAUGAAAUCCGAAAUGAGCUCUACAACCCGGAAGAGCCGACCCCUGACACAAAGUUUGGUGCUGGGACAAUGCAUUCUUUCCACAGACUCAACAAUAGUAAACCAAGCUUGAGUAGUCCCCGCCUGAGGCAGAAUGAGGAGCUGACCGCAAACGCAUCUGAUUUGUCCAUGAGAUCUCUUCAGCCUCAUGAAUUAAAUGACUUUCAUGGCAUAGCCCCGCUUCAUUUCCCACACAUCUGCACCGUAUGUGACAGAAAGAUCUUUGAUCUGAAGGACUGGGAUCAGCACAUUAACGGAAAUCUUCACAUCCAAAAAUGUGUGGUUUUCUCAGAAAACACUGGCAUCCGAUGUGCAUUAAACUCAGUAGAGGCAGUGUUGCAUUCAUCUCCAAAUAACACAUCGGUUUUUAACCCUUCUAGCAUUGAAGAUUACCCAUCGAAUGCUGGCUCAUCUUAUACCACCUUGCCGACAAGAUCCUUUGGUCAGCCAGGCCCUGCAUUUUCUUCUCUUCCAUCUGGGGUAAAAUUCCCACAAAGGAAAUCCACCGCAGGUCGAGUAGUGCAUAUCUGCAAUCUCCCCGAAGGAAGCUGCACUGAGAACGAUGUCAUUAAUCUUGGACUUCCCUUUGGGAAAGUCACUAAUUAUAUCCUCAUGAAAUCUACUAAUCAGGCCUUUUUAGAAAUGGCGUACACGGAGGCAGCACAAGCUAUGGUGCAGUACUACCAAGAGAAACCUGCUAUGAUUAAUGACGACAAGUUACUCAUUAGAAUGUCUAAAAGAUACAAGGAGCUUCAGCUGAAGAAACCAGGUAAAAAUGUGGCGGCGAUCAUUCAGGACAUCCAUUCUCAAAAGGAGAGAGAGAUGUACCGUGAAGCUGACAGGCAUGGGACUGAGAGGCCACGGUCUCGCAGCCCCAUAAGCCGCUCUCUGUCACCAAGAUCUCACACGCCAAGCUUUACUUCCUGCAGCUCACCUCACAGUCCGUUGGGUGCCAGCAGGACAGACUGGGGAAAUGGAAGAGAAUCAUGGGAUCAGGCCCCUUAUUCCCGAAGGGAGGAUGAGAGAGAGGCAGUGCUCUGGAGAGAGAAUGGGGAGGAGAAAAGGGACAGGACAGACUCAUGGGUUCACGAGAGAAAACACUAUCUACGGCAGCUGGACAAGCUAGACUUGGAUGGGCGGAUCGAAGGAGCCAGAGGGCACAGAGAAAAGUACUUACGGGCUGGUUCACCCAAUGCCCUUCAUGCUUUAUCUGGAUAUAAGAGUCGGGAAGAUGACUAUUACAGAAAAGUAUCUAAGUCAAAAUCUGAUCGAUAUCAAAAGCAGCUGCAGGAUGCGCCCAUGAAGUCGAGAAGAAAAGAAGAGGCAAGGCUGAGAGAGCACAAACACUCUCAGUGUGAGGACCUGGAGAAGGAGGAAACUUCAGAACAAAAGCCCAGCAAGGAAUCAGAAGGCUCCAGACAAAAGCAAAGUGAUAAAUAUAAAAUGAAGAAAGCUGAUAAAGACCAAGGCGAAGAGGCUGUUGCUGGGAAGGAAGACAAUGCAACUGAGAACAAGCUUGGGAAAGAGGAGUGUAUUACCGAGAAGACCUCAUCUCCAGCUAAUAAUCAAGGAAAAGAAUCAGGAGAGUCUAUAGAAAGCACAAGACAAGAGAAGGAGCAAGACUGGGAGAGUGGCAGUGAGAUGGAGGGAGAGACCUGGUAUCCAGCUAACAUGGAAGAACUGGUCACCGUGGAUGAAGUGGGAGAAGAUGACUUUAUUAUGGAGCCGGAUAUAACCGAACUUGAAGAAAUUGUCCCAGUUGAUCCAAAAGACAAAACGUGCUCAGAAAUGCAUCAGUAUGCACCUAGCACAUUAGAACUGGAAAAUGACCACAGCCUGAUCCACAGGAGUGAUAGCCAAUCUGCCCAGGAAGCCACAGAAGUGAGCUUCAGAUCAGCAAAGGAAAGCGUAGCUGCUUCUGACGGCUCUCCAGAAAAUGAUGAUGGUGACGGUGCAGUUCCCGAAGUAUCAAGCCUAAAUUUGGACACUGAACAGAAGCCAGAUGAAUCACAACCCGACAGAACUCUUCAGGGCUCUAAUUGCCACAAAAAGGAAGGAAAAACGGAGGAGAGCUCUGAAAUCCACAGAAAGCUGGAGGAUGGACAGAUACCUUCAGAUCAUCUGAAAGGAGAGACUCCUCAGCUCUCUGGUGCUUUUAUUGAUCAUUACAAGCAGAUGGGCACGCAAGAAACUGAGAGUCAAGAAGUCAUGGAAAUGCCUGUAACAAACUCCAGCGAAGAAACAACCUGUGGAGGUCAGGAGUGUCAAGAGACCCGGGCAAAUUCUAGGUACCUGGAAAUGAAAUCUCCUGAAUUCUCCGAGGUGAAAUCUAAGAGAACCCAUUUUUCACCAUCCUGGGAGCAAGAGGAUGUUUUCACUGAACUAAGCAUUCCUCUAGGUGUGGAGUUCGUGGUGCCCAGAACUGGGUAUUAUUGCAAGCUUUGUGGACUUUUCUACACGAAUGAAGAGACAGCUAAGACAAGCCACUGCAGAAGUACUGUUCACUACAAAAAUCUUCAGAAGUAUCUAUCCCAGCUUGCAGAAGAGAGUUUGAAAAUGAAUGAAGAAGAGAGCCACCUGCCACAGGGUGAUACGGGAAUUGUCCCCCACUUUGAGAAGAAAAAGCUAUGAUGUCACUGAACUAGAAGAGCUGUAAAUGAGUGAAUGCUGACAUUUCAGGGUUGAUCUACAUGAUGAAAUGAUCAGUUUGCAUUGUGCAGGAGGAAGGAAAGCACACGAAACAACAUGUUCCAUGCGUCUUUGCCCAAGGUGCCAUUAAAACCCAUAAUGCCUGAAAUAGUUUCCCACGGUGAAGCAAUGCUGGAGUGUCUGUAACAAGCGCAGCUAUUCUUUCUCCCACUCAGUGUGCUGGGAGCGGCUUCCUCUACUAACGCAGAAUUCUCAGGGAUUCGCAGAUGCCACACGCUAGGUCAGGCCGAGAAUUGAGAAGAGUUUAGUAUCCUCCAGUGGAAAUGAUCGCAAAGGAAACGCCCUGAAUUAAGCUCUUAACAUGAAGAUGGUUUAAGUCCCUUCACUCAUUAGUAUAGUGAACAAUAGGCCUUGUUUAAGAGACCUAAAACCAUUGUGCUAGUGCUGUUAGAUGGCAUAAAGCAGGGGUGGGGAACCUUUGUUCCGUCAAGGGCCACCGACCCACGGAAAAAUCAGCUGGGGGCUGAUUUUUUCACAAAUGAGAAGCCGGAAAAUCCUGACUGACGUGGCCCUUGACUAUGAAGGAGAAAGAUACUCCCCACGUUCCCCUUCCACACCAGAGCCUACUGGGGCCCAGGCUAGAAGAUUGCAUGUGCUCCAGUCCCUCAAUAGGCGCAGGCUCCUCAAUGCUAGGAGGGGAGCCCUGAGCCUCAGGGGCUGGAUCCAGACAAGCCAGGGGCCACAUCCAGCCCCUUGAGGUUCCCCACCCCUGGAAAAGUAGCACCCAGUGGCAUCAGGAUAUGUGCACCUAGGCUGGAUGAUGAUAAUCAUCAUGGAUUUUUAAUGUUUUGAGUGUUGUCCAUCUACUCAAGGAUGUACAAAGAUAGAGGAAGUCACAGUCCCUCUCUCUAGUUCAGACUGAAAGUUAAUUGUCUCCAUUCUCCAGUGAUUUAUAUCCCGUGGGCUGGAUACUCCUUGGCAAUUUCUGUGUUUGGAAUAUUCCUUGGGAAAAUUCUAAAAGUGUGUCCACCUUGUGUCUUAGAUUAAACUCACACACAAAGCUGUAUAAUGGCUACCCUUUUAGCUUAUGUAACCCGUAGAAGGGGGGGGGGGGGGGUUAAAACACAUUUUUCUAAUCUUGGCACUCUUCAAUUUCCUGGUCUUUAUGGAAAUAAGCCAGACUCUUAAUGUUAUUUUAAUAGGUUUUUGUAUUUAUUCCCCUGAAUUUUUAUGGCACGGGUAAGAACUGUUCAGAGAAUGCUGUACUGAGAACACAGGAUGCGCCAGCAACUAUAAAUAUUAUUAUAUGGUAUUGUUUGUACUCAGAGUUGUUGCUUAAUAUAAUAUAAAGUCCCACUGAAGUGUACUAUUCUGGGUUAAUUUCAAUGGGCUUUGUGUAGCAAACUGAAUAUCUUCUAAAACUGCUGCCAGAUUUGAUCCUGGGAUUAUGCUUUUACAAAAUGCACCACAAACCCUUUCACUUGCCAAGCAGUCUCCAAGCAAGUGAUAGGAAACAUUUUGAAAUGUUUGAGAUUUGGUUGAAAAAUGGGAAUAGGACAAUUUGCAGAUUUUUUUCCCCCCACUCUUUGCUCUGCUCUGACAUCAAUUGGACGACUGACAUCUCUGGCAAUAGGACUUUGAGUACCUACAUAACUUUUUCUCCAAAAAAGGCAUAUCCAUCAUAGAGAGCAGUAUUAUUGUUGCAAAAUAAUGCAAAAUGGUCAGUCUGACAAAACUGCUCUCACCAACACACCUGUUCCAUACCACCUGCACUAGCAGCCAUAUUCUUCUUUCUCUGAAAAUUGUUUCAUCGCAAUAUAAUUUUUCCUAGUUGUAUUGUGUUGUUUGGCAAGUUCCCUUUCAAUUAGUUGGUGCUGGCAUAGCAUUUAUUUCAACCAGAGUUGGGUGCAAGCUGAAACUUUGGAUUCAUUUUUCUCCAAAAUUCGUGGAGUCUUUGGAUCCCAGGUUUGGGCUUGGUGCAUCACAGAGGGGGGAAAAAAGAGAAGAUGCAAUAUUUAGGCAUAAUCUGAGCUUCAGGGAUUUCAGGUAUGACAGGAUUUGGGCUCAUCUUUUAUUUAAAACAUGGCUUUUAUUCCUCACUUAACAGAAGAAAAAAAAUAUUGAAAAGCAAAUUCUUCUUGCUACAAGAUUUCUUAUUGCAUUUGGAUGAGAUUUGAUGAGCAAAAAAUUGUAUUGCAAGGUGUAAAAUCAUGAAAAGUGAGGAAAAUUCUCUCUAGUUAUUGUCCAAGGCAGAGCUGUUAGGGUAGUGAUGCACAGAGUGACUGCGAAGGAUUACUCUCAUUGCCUUAGCACAAUAUGGGUUUAUGGGGUGGAGGGCAGAUUCACCCCAGAUGCAAGUGUAACUCACAUCUAUUGGGCGUGGUUCACUGCCCCAUGUAGUGGUACUUAGACCACUUACAGAGAGAGAGAGAAUUAGUUUGCUCUACAGCCCUAGUUAAGAAGUAGCUGGCUUUUCGCUCAAGCUGUAGAGGCUCAUGCACUACACUUCCGAGGUCACAGGUUUGGUUCUACCUUUUGGUGUUACACAAGCAUCUAAUUUUUGUAUCCCAGACCGUUCCGGAACUAUUGCGCUCAGCUGGUGGUGGUAGAUUUUUACAUCACAAGGUGACGCUGAAAGUGGGUAGGAGGAAGGGGUUAAGAGUGCCCCAAUCCCCUGCCUCUAGCAACUUCUCUCCAGCCAUACUCAAGUAUGAAGAACAUCAUUAUUAUCCUUCAUUGCGGCAGCUCUGAGAGGCUCCGGCUCCAUUGUUCUUAGCACUGUAACGAAAGCUUUCCCAAACCCCAAAGAGCUCAUUAUCAUCAUUCACUGUGAGAAACAACAGGGGGAUGCAAACAAAUGGGGAAAGCAGAAGGUGACAGGGAACCCAUUCUGGUCAGCGGGGGUAGAACAACUAACACUGGAUUGCCCAUAAGCUCCUUGUCAGAUUUAAAUGAUUCAAUUUAUUCCC